UGCAUAGCACAACUUCAUUUUUAAUGAUAGACUGCAGAAGCUUAAACAGCCAUUUUAAAUCUUUAAUUUGCAUACCCUCGGUAUUUUUAGUUACAUUUUUCACACUGUAGUAUCAGGCAACAAUUAAGUUAAUUUUUAUUGCUUUUCUUUAUUUUUUUGUAAAAAUUCAUGAACAAUGGCAAACCUGCAACUAAGAUUCUUGUUAGUUUCAUUUUUCACAAGUAUCGUGGGAGAGGCCCAAUAUGUAAUGCAAGAUGCAGCACUGAUGCAUUACAUGGAUCGGCGUUUUCAAUCUUUAGAGAACAGGCUGGAAAAAUGCAACCAAGAUGUAAUGGAUUAUGUAGAAGAAUUUCGGGACUUCUCAAAGAGGAUAGUAUCACGCCUAGAGGGACUGAAUGUUUAUAAGACUGAGUUUAAAAAUGAAGUGGAGCAUUUGUUAACAAGGGUUGAAAGAGCUCAAAGGGACAUCGACUAUUUUGCUUCUGGGAGAGACUCUGAUGCAUGUGUAGAAGUAGAUGAAGACUUAGUAGAACAGCAACAAAUUGAAGAAGCAGAAGAAAGAAGGAAAAUUAAGCUCAUGCUUAAUGCAAGCUGUGACAACAUGCUUACAGGUAUCAAGUCUCUAAAAAUAGUGAAGAAGACUGGAGAUGCUCAUGGCUCUUGGAUGAAAGAUCCAGGCAAAAAGCAUCCAAAGAUUUAUUUCUUAAACAGAUCCAAGAAUAACGUUAUUUUGGAAUUUGCAAAUAUUAGGGCAUUCAUGGAAAGCCGUAACAUGCUAGCAGCCCGGAGAGUUGUCCUGCCAACUUAUUGGCAGGGAACUGGCCAUGUCAUAUAUAAAGAUUUCCUAUUUUAUCACAGAUAUGGUUCCUUAAAUGAGAUAAUUAAAUACAACAUCCACAAGAGAAAUAUAACUGACCGAAUGCUCCUGCCAGGUGCUGGACAGAUGCCGGCUUAUCAACUGUUUCCAACCACAAAAAUAGAUCUUGCUAUCGAUGAGCAAGGACUAUGGGCAAUCCAUGCAGAACCAGACAUUGGUGGAAACCUUGUCAUCACUAAAAUCAACCAUCACACUAUGGCUGUGGAAUAUACUUGGGAUACAUCAUGCAACAGCAAGAAUGCUGAAGCUGCUUUUAUGGUCUGCAAAACCCUUUAUGUUGUGUACAACACUCCCAGUGGAGGCACAUCUCGUAUAGAAUGUGUGUACAAUAUCUUGGAUGCUUUAAAUACUUACGAAGUACCUCUGCUACAUUUCCCCAAACGUUAUGGCAGUCAUUCAAUGAUGCAUUAUAACCCCAGAGAAAAGGAGGUGUUUGCCUGGGGUGAUGGAUCCCAGAUCAUCUACAAACUUCAAACAAAUCAAAAAGUUUAAAAAGUGUUGAAAAAUUCAUCAGAUGAACUUAAAGGAAGUACGCCAAGUUUUCUUCCUAGUUAUGUUCAAGGAAUUUCCUUAUUUUUCUAUUUGCUAUUAGCUGCAACUGAUUAAAUAAGCAUUAGGUAAAAAAAAGACUAGACUUAGGUGGGGUCUUAACAAGUAAUAAUGCUUGGUCAUAACCAACAGAUUCUGAAUUUGAAAACAGAUAUACAUUUGAAAUAUUAAAUAAAGUUAGGAAUUGUCACACUGGAUCAGACUAGUGCUCCAUCUGGUCCAGUGUCCUAAGUUCAGCAGCAAAUGGUACUAGACACAAUUGUUAGGAACUUCACAGGGUGACACCACAAGAUGUUUUUCCCUUUUAGAGAAAUUUUUCUAUACAGCCCUAAUAGUAGGCAGUGGUUUGUCACAUGAAUCAGUAGCUCCCAAAUAUCUUGUUCAGCCUGACUAAACCA